GCGGGACUCCGCUCUGUGGGCGGAGCCGGAUCGCCCCGGAACUUCCGGGACUGUGUGCGUGCAGAUGGCGUCACCUGGAACUCCAGCUGCGGCACGCGGGGAUUUAAGACAAUGGCCAAGAACAAAUUAAGAGGACAGAAGUCCAAAAAUGUAUUUCACAUAGCCAGCCAAAAAAAUUUUAAGGCUAAAAACAAAGCAAAACCAGUUACUACUAAUCUUAAGAAGAUAAACAUUGUGAACGAAGACAAAGUUAACAGAGUGAACAAAGCUUUUAUAAAUAUACAAAAGGAACUUGCAAACUUCUCAAGGGGCCUUUCUCUGGAACCGUUACAGAAAGAGCUGAUUCCUCAGCAGAGUCAUGAAAAUGAACCUGUUAAUGUUGAUGAAGCUACAAGAUUAAUGGCUCAGUUGUAAUGCAGUAGUGAUGUGAUGGAAUUCCCCCCCCCCCCAAAAAAAAAACCAAUAAAUUGUUUUAU